CAUAUUUUGUUUUUUAGGUUCAGCAUGCUCAAAGGAGAACAUGGACUAGGACCUGACAGCUGUGAAGGUUAAUGGACCGCAGAGGACACUGAGGUUCAAAAGGAAGUUGAUCUUCACGAACUGAGGAGCACAAAGAACAGGGAUGACUGGGGUCUAAGCUGCAAAAGUCACGAGAAUUUAACCUGAAGGCAUCAUACACUCCUUUGUGUACAAGCUAUUGACGGAUUACUAUCGAGUUCCGGUGUAGAAGAUUGACCUUGUUCAAGACACACUUUUUGUUCAUCUGGAAGCUAACGCGUUUCAUCUGACAAAAGGAGUUUAUUGUUUGCUCCCUCACGGAUGUGAGUGUCGUUUGUAAGCUAAGCCUUUCCGUGUUUUUUCUCCCCUCUUUCAGAGGGACCGUUUGACAAUGCUGGCCAAGCCUCUGGAGAAAGGCAAAACAACACAGUCGCUUCUAAACACCAGGUCAGCCACAGAACCAUGUCCCAGAGCGAGGUGUCCCACCUGCUGCCCAACGCCACGGCACCGGAGGAGGCUGACGGGCAGCUGCAGUGGGCCUCACUCCUCAUCCUCUUGGUCAUCAUUCCCACCAUCGUAGGAAACAUACUGGUUAUUCUGGCCGUGUCACUGGAGAGGAAGCUCCAGAACGCCACCAACUACUUCCUAAUGUCCCUGGCCGUGGCUGACCUGUUGGUGGGGCUGCUGGUAAUGCCCAUCGCCUUGGUAACCGUGCUCUACAAUUCAGACUGGCCCCUCCCUGAGUACGUGUGUCCUAUCUGGCUCUUCCUGAACGUGCUGUUCUCCACGGCGUCCAUCAUGCAUUUGUGUGCCAUCUCCCUCGACCGCUACAUCGCAAUCAAGAAACCCAUCCAGCACAGCCAGUACAACUCCCGAACCAAAGCCAUGGCGAAAAUCGCCAUGGUCUGGCUCAUAUCUAUAGGUAUUGCAAUACCCAUUCCCAUUAAAGGUCUCAAAAACUACCAUGUUCCAAACAACGUUACCUUCAACAGCAACCACACCUGUCUGCUGACGAAGGAAAGCUUCCGAAAGUUCAUCGUUUUUGGAUCUCUAGCAGCAUUCUUCAUUCCCCUCGCAAUAAUGAUGAUCAUCUACCUGCUAACGAUCCAGGUGUUACGGAAGAAGGUCCACCUGCUCAGGUCGAGAGUCAACCCACGUUUUCACAGGCCUACCAUCUCCACAGUUUUCCAACGGGAACAUCCAAACUCUUCUUCACCUGAGAAACUCUCCAUGCUGGAUGGGAUAAAGAGGGACCGGACACUAAGCACAGCCAGUGUACUCAUGGGGGAAGACAUCCCUAUCCGCAGGAUGUCCACAAUAGGAAAGAAGUCCAUGCAGAACUUGAGCAAUGAACAGCGAGCAUCAAAGGUCUUAGGUAUCGUAUUCUUGUUGUUUGUGGUAAUGUGGUGUCCGUUCUUCAUUACUAACGUCACCUCAGCGCUCUGUGAGACUUGUGACAGUAAUGUGGUAGGAAGACUGAUGGAAAUCUUUGAAUGGAUUGGUUAUGUCUCAUCGGGGAUAAACCCUUUAGUGUACACACUUUUUAAUAAGACUUUCCGUGAGGCGUUUACGCGCUACAUCACAUGCAACUUUGGAGGCACAAAGUCGCCAAAACCUCAGCGCAGGAAUCGGACCAGAACAUCUUUCCACUCGUCUAUGGCUGAGAACUCCAACCUCUUUGUGAAACACGGGAUGAGGAACGGAAUCAGCCCUGUGAACUAUCCAAGCCCCCUGCGCAAAAGAGCAACACCUAUGCAGUCCUCUGCCUGUGUUCUGCUCGACACUCUACUCCUUACAGAGAACGAGGACUACAAACCAGAUGAGCACGUCAGCUACGUGUAGCACUGCCAGUGAAGCGUACAAACGAGCUUUUUUAGCCAUUGGGGAAAAAAAAAAAAAAAAAACCUUUACGAGGAGCCAAAUCAAAUAAUUCCUGGG